AUGAUAAACAAUUAUAAGAAGAGCGGAAACAUAUUAAACACUUAGAAGUUUUUAAAAACAAAGAAUGUUAGGUAAUUAGACGAAGAAACCCUAAAUGAACUUAGGGAAGCAUUUAACUUAUUUGAUACCUAACAUUCAGGAGAAAUAGAUUCGAGAGAGUUGAAAGCCAUAAUGAGAGCAUUUGGAUUAGAUGUUAAGAAAGAUUAAAUUACUCUGAUAUAUAAGGAAUUAAAUAAAGAUAUAAAUGAAGGCAUUAAUUUUUAAGAAUUCACAAAUAUAAUGGCACCAAAACUUGGUUCAAAAGAUACAAAAGAAGAAAUUGAAAGAAUAUUUUAAUUGUUUGACGAAGAAAGAUAGGGUAGAAUUUCAUUUUAAAAUCUUAAAAAAAUAGCUUCUGAAAUAGGAGAGGAAAUUAGUGAUGAAGAAUUAUAUGAAAUGAUUGAAGAAGCAGAUAGAGAUGGAGAUGGGUGUUUAAAUUUUAAUGAGUUUUAUAGAAUAAUGAAAAAGAGAGAAGAUCCUUUGGAUGAUUAUGAUAGUGAUCUUGAGUGA